UGACCUCUAUUAAAACGCCAGACUAAUACUUUCAUUUGACACAUCAUACAUGACUCAUAGUGUCCAAUGUUAUUACAGAAGUAAAAAAUGUUUGAGUUAUUUAUAUUUGUAAUGAAAAGAAUCUGAAAAAUAAAAAAGGUUUGAUGAUAAGCGUAACGUGUCGUAACAUCUUUCAUCGUGUCGUAAUAUGAUAAUGAUGGCUGCCUUUCGCACUGCUACCUGUCUUAAAAGCCAAUGUGUUUAUCUAGGUUCUCAGAUCCUUCCAAAGCUUAUUCUGUUAAAAUUCAGUCAUCCAUUCCAGUGUGAAGAGGUAACAUACACUCACUAAAAUUAACUCUUUAUAAAAGUUUAUAUAUCCUGUCUUCUUGUGAACUACAUCAUCCGAAUAAUAAGUUAUUGGAGUCGCUGUUUAAGCGUACAUUAAUACAGGGUACUACGUGAAAGUGUCACUCGAGUUACACACGACUGUCACUAUUGAGAGUUAGCGAUCAACCUAUGUAUAGUUAUUCACUUGGUCUAACCGUUGUCGCUAUUUGUCUGCCUACAUAAGAUAAGUGGAAUAUUAAACACUAUGCCUAGUUGUUCAGUUAUGACUUGCAAAAACGACAGCCGAAAGAAAAAUAUACCUUGUGGAGGUAUAUCGUAUCACCGUUUUCCCAAAGAUCCCAUAAUAAAGGAAAAAUGGAUAGAGGCUACGGGAAGACAAAACUGGAGGCCAUCCAAAUUAAGUACCAUAUGCACAGAGCAUUUUGAAAACGACAGCGUUCUUAUUUCGAAGAAAGGUUACAGGUAUUUAGACGAAAACGCAAUUCCAACUCAAAACAUUUUAGUCUUUAAGGGUCAAAACAUAUCCGAAAAAACUGAGACAGAUCCUUCUCGCAUAGACCUCCAAGAAACUCCAACAUUGGCAAGUUGUAAUAAGGAAGCGCACACCCAAAAUAAACAAACAAAGAAGGCUUGCCAGGCUGAAGACUCUGAGUUGACUAACAGGCCUACGGACUCUAACAAGGGAUUAAAAGUAACAAAACAGUUAAAAUGGUAUCUCUGUAAAGUUAAUAAACAAAAUUUAAAAAUUAAACGAUUACAAUGUGAGAAUCUAAGAUUGAAAAAAAGAAUCAAGAGUAUGGAAACACUUCUUAAAAUCCUACAAGACAAGAUAGCUACGAAAAGUGAAGAUGAAUAAAAAGAACUUGUAGUGUGACAGUCGGGUUUUUGUAUCGAAAGUGGAAAGGUAAUAUGGUGUAUCAAACAAGUUCAAUCCCAUUUCGUUGUUUCGUUUCCCAUUUUGUUUCGUUUCGUCGUUGAACAUAUUAUUACCUAAGGUUGUUUAUGACAUUGUUGUUAUUUAUGAUGAUAGCACAAAGAAAAGCGACUUGAAACACCGGAUUUAUAAAUUGAAGAUUUUCCCUAUAUCAUUUUAGCGCGUGGCAACCAAAAAGGCAAAUACUGGAUUGAAAUUAAGAAAAUAAAAAGUAAUAUAAACUACAAUUUUAUAUUUUGUACUACAUAUUAAUAAGCACUAUAUACAUA